GAGCUAGUGAAUAGAUGUGUCCAACCUACCUAGUACCAAGCGAUCAGUGCGUGCAAGCUUUUGUUACGAUAUCCCGAAUUUCAUUGUAACAAAAACGCCUCCACCGGCAAUUAUUCAAUUCGCAAGACAGGAUAUCCUGCGAUUUCACUCAUUUACCACAACCUGGUAAUAUCUAAAAUCAGCGCCUAUAAACUAGUGACGAGCCGUGAUUUUCUACAACAUGCACAAUAAUCCUACCGCAACGUCCGAUGAACUUCAUGGUACAAAACAGAAGAAAAAGUAUCGAAAACGGGUUCGUAGAGGUGGCAUAAAGCGGCGGGAUAGAAGGUUACGAGCAAUCGCCAAGAAAUUGGAGGAUGAGCUCGCGCGUAAAUCUGCCGACAAGACGCCCGACACUCCAGUGGAGAUGCCAGACAUUCCAGUGGAGACGUCAGACAUUCCAGUGGAGGCACCAGACCUUCCAGUGGAAGCACCAAACCUUCCCGAGCCAGAAGUCAUCACGCUUACUGUUAGUGACGAUGUGACGUCGCGCGACAACGUGGAAUUAGCAUUAAGAUAGUAUAAGGCUAAACGAAGUAUAUAACCAUUUAUAACCUUAACCGUGCAGAUAUAAUCGUAAGAUAUAAUCAUUUAUAACCAUAGUCUGUAGCUCUAGACUCUUAAGCUAAAAAGCCAACCAUCGACAUAACGCAAACACCUGCCAACAUCUGUACUGCGAAGACAUUCCAGCUUUAGAUAAGAUAUGCCAAUCGCCUAAGUGACCUCACCUAAAUAUCCGUGGAUACCGACACCAUGAGAACAUUCCAACCACCGAUAAGCCAACCGCCCGACAGCAUUACCUAAACAUCCGCUGUGAUCGACUGAGCGCGAACACGUCAAUGUUGUUAAUUCCGUGGAUUUAACACUCUUUAGGGGCGUGCUGGUGUAAGUUUUAUACCGUCGCACAAGUAUACCGUUUAGGUGAGGGAUUUAAUAUGUUAAAAGACACGAUUUAUAGAAUUUUUAACAUCGACGCAAAAAUUUUGCUGGUUGUACAGAGACUGAUCUUAACUAGUAAUUGGUUUCCUAUAUAUCUAUAACUUACGGUCUAAAGCUAGAGGGGUUGGUGAGUAAGGGUGCAAUGAUCUAGGCUAGUUUGUUCGAGUGUGUAAU